AUGGUCGACGACGAGUGGGCGCUGGACAUGCCCAUCCGUCACCGCAAAGCAAGCUCCCCCGAAUAUCCGCUGAAAAAGCCCGCAUCGCCUGCCCAGCACCGGCGCGGAAGCUCGUUGCUCGAAGAAUUCCGCCCAGCCGCUGGCCGACAAUGGCCACCCCGCGGCUACACGCUCGAGUCCAUGCUGGACCAAGCUCAGGCCGAUGAGCUCAUAAGCGCCGGCACGAGCAUUUUCAAGGGCCGCGUCGAGGACGCGCCCGGUGCGCCCGCGGGCUACUACCGCUUUUUUGCCAUAAUGGAGGGAGAUGACGCCGAGCGGAAUGACCGCGCCCAGUACCAGCACGAGGCAUACAAAGACAUAACCAUGUCGCAAACCACGUCAUCCGGCAGCGCGUAUCCGUGGCUCGCACUGGAGCAACCUUGUAUGGCCUAUGCAUUUGGUUGGAUGCCCGGGACCACGACGCUCAAUUACAAAGUCAGCCUGUCGGGAAGCUUGAAGCCAAAGCUUAAGUACGGCGGCGGGUCUAUUCAGCCACGCAAGAUAAAGUUGGGCCACAUACUGGAUCGGCUGCGCAAUUUGGAGAAGGGAUUCCAGGACGAUGAUCCUGAGGAACUCCAUCAUGAUUUGUACGACACUCUGCUGGACAGCUCGAAUGCUGAUGACAACACUGGGCUGGAGCAGCAGAUCGUUGCCCUGUUCACCGUUCUUACGAACCCAGAGUGGAUUGAUUUCAGCCAACCGAAGAAUCAUGUGGUUGCCAAAUUCUUCGACAGCAAAGAUGGCGCCAGAAAAACGAAAUUCUUCCACCAGCUCCUGCUCGCCGUCGAACUGUACCUCCGGGUGCACCACGAUAUGCACCUCGCUCAAGCGAAGAGAACUCUGAUCGGUGCGCUUCCUCCCAAGGUGUUAUGGGACCUUGCAUUAGCGGAACGUUGGUUGGAAAAUAUGACGAUCAAGAAGUCGCGCACAUCAUCGAAUGAGAGCGUGUUCAGCUUCCAGUUGACGAACAAAAAGAAGCAAAAGGAGGCAUUGCGGCUCUUCGCAAAGACGCUAAAAUGGCCAAACAUGCAGGAACUCGAUUACGUCCUUGAGGAACAAAACCGCUACGAGGUACCGCUUGAGGACCGUUCGGCAGACGCCAUGUCCUGGUUCGCGGGCGUGAUACUUCCCGGCCCAACUUUACCGUGGCUCCUCAUGAACUCUCUGAUCGACUGUGACAAGGAGACUGGUCCAUCUCUCAAAUACCUCACACACGUUGCACCGGCUUCCGGGUUCCAGUACAGGGCUAAUACAUACUGGUCCUACAAAUGCAUUGUGGGAAAGGUCAUUGGCGCAUCAAGAGGAGUCAAGCAGGUAACGGGUUGGAUUGGCCCUUGCUACUACAGCCCGGAUCUCAAGCGCACAGAAUGCGUCAAGAUCAACCAGAUAUCGCCUCCCAAGAUCCGGCUAACACCAUCGGAUGUGGAGUCUGUGAAGGUGCGCACAGAUCCUCUUGGUCCGGAAGAGGACGAGUAUCCGCUUGGCGACUACGACUUGGUCAUGCCCGAGAUGGAAGACAUUACGGACGACAUACGGGUGCAGAAGCUGAGCUUCCACCCCGUCAAGGAGCAGCCAAUGCUCAAGCACGGAGGGGAAGGAGCGCCAUUGUUGUUUGAUGCAUCAAUAAUGUUUGCUUGUGGCGGGGAUAGCUGGCCGAUGCGGCUAGUCUACGACGUGGAUUUUGUCGCGGCAUAUCCCUGUCGUCAGGGACCGCAUGUGCUCUUCUUCGACUACAAAUUUAAGGCAAUUCGAGUGGACGAUGGUCUUGUCGACAUCACGGAAUGGAGCCAAGGCUCUGGCCUGUCACAUUCGGAUUCUUCGCAAAUGGCUUCACGCAACACCUCUCGAACCACGCUUGCUUCGAUGCAGGAACCGGUAUCCACGCAUCUGGAUUGCGUGCUCGUCAUCGAAGCGCUUGGCGUCAGCGACAAUGAAGUGUUUGCCCGGUCGUGGUGCGCGCAGACAGGCCAUCACGCAAUUGUCGCAAACAUCAAAAAGACGUGCAUGGCCUGCGCAAUCAGAGAGGCAUAUGCGUCUUGCAUCAGUGUGGUGAUCUUGACAGAAGGAGGCAGGGUGACUGAAAAGGAUGAGGACUAA